GAGGAGGCAGGGGUGGAGACUUGUAAAAAAGGGCGUAGGAAAAGCAGAGGAGAAACCUUGAAUGAGGGAUUAGAAGACUUCAGAGAGCACCGAAACAGCAGGCUUCAAGUCUCAACUGACUGCAAACAGCCCAGUCAUGUUAAAUGACAUUAAAAAAUUUUUAGACUGACAUGGAACAAUUUUAGCGUUUUAUGAAAAGAUGAGACAAAGAUUAUGAGGAUCAUUUCUGACAAGUCCACUGUUCCAGUCCGCCGCUGGUAGAAGCUCUCCAUGUGAUGCUUCACUUUUGCGCAACAGGUUCUGCGAGAUAAAUUAACCAGCAUCAUCUCCAAUCAAUGUAGGAAGAAGAAGCAUGCUGUCCCGGUUCUGGCCCUUUAGCAUCGAGCAGGAGAUCAACUCAUGGGAUGUAGUGGAUGCAGAGUCAGGUUCAACUUUGGCAAGGUGCUGUCCAAAGUCUCGGUGUUUUUUACCAUGGUCCUGAUUUUCAUCUACUUCUUCUACUGCCUCACCGGACUGUGCGAUUCGGCUCCGAGAGCUUUAUACAACCAACAAUCGUUAGACUAUGACAUUUUGGACGAUCAUCGCCGCAUUUUGGACGACCUGCGACCAUCGCCGCGUCUCCUCGCUGACACGACAGCACGCAAAGCCUCCCCGGACGCAGAACAGGUUGACGCGCCGGGACGGCUGCUUCAACACGUGUUGGACAGCGCCAAGGAGAGCGCCCAGGACAACGGCAUCCCCGUGUCCAACACUUUCGGGACCAAAAGGUUUCCGCAGGCGAUUAUAAUCGGCGUGAAGAAAGGAGGAACCCGCGCCCUGCUGGAGUUUCUUCGCAUCCAUCCGGACGUGAGAGCGGUCGGCGCGGAGCCUCACUUUUUCGACAGGUUUUAUGACAAAGGACUGGAGUGGUACAGGAACUUGAUGCCUCGGACACUGGAUGGUCAGAUCACCAUGGAGAAGACCCCCAGCUACUUUGUCACAAAGGAGGCUCCUGGUCGUGUCUGCACUAUGAACUGCCAAACCAAACUCAUUGUGGUGGUCAGGGAUCCUGUCACGAGGGCUGUAUCUGACUACACCCAGACACUAUCUAAGAACCCAGGUCUUCCAUCCUUCCAGAGCCUGGCUUUGAAGAACUCCACCACAGGUCUGAUUGACACCACAUGGAGCGCAGUGCGCAUCGGCCUCUACGCCAAACAUCUGGAGAACUGGCUUCAGUACUUCCCCUUGUCUCAUUUUCUGUUUGUCAGCGGUGAGCGGCUGGUGUCUGAUCCAGCUGGGGAGAUGGGCAGGGUUCAGGACUUUCUGGGUCUGAAAAGGGUAAUUUCAGACAAACACUUUUACUUCAACCAGACCAAAGGUUUUCCCUGCUUGAAAAAGCCAGAGGGGAGCAGCAGACCUCGCUGCCUUGGAAAGUCUAAGGGCAGACCCCAUCCCCAGAUCCCCACUGAGGUCCUGCAGAGACUCCGAGACUUCUACAGGCCCUUUAACCACCAUUUUUACCAAAUGAGUGGACAAGACUUUGGCUGGGACUAAGAGAAGAGAUUCCUGUCAUAAUCCAGAUUAAAGUCAGUCCCGUACUUUGUUGAGAAAUUUGACUGUUUAAUACUCCACAGGAUUAACAUUCUCAGGGAUGGGGUAGAUGAACACAAAGUCCACAGACUGAAUUCUGUUUCAUUGUAAUCCACAUGACAUGCAGCACAUGGACUGUCAUUGUUUGUGGUAGAGUAUAACCCGACAUGGACGCAGUGCUGCCAAAAUGUAAGUUACUCUCUUAGUUAAUGGCUUAGUUAUUAAACCAUUUUCAUGCUUGUGUGUUAAUGUUAUUGCCUAUCACAAACUACACACCAAAGGGAAAGCAAACAUUGGAUUUAAAUAUCAUUUUUGGAUUUUUGUUAAGUUUUGUUUAUAAGAUAAGCUAUUUAUAGUUUCUGUUGAUUUGAAAUACAACAGUUACAGACUUCCUUUAUGAAAGAAAUGUAUUUAUUAAUGGUAAGACAUAAAAGUGACUGGACAUUGGGAAAAAUGUCAUACUCCAUGAUAAACCACUAUUUCUUUACAGUCAUUAGCAGUGUUACUUUUACUGUGUUUACUGUAUUUUCAUUUCAUUUACUGUGUCAAAUGCCACAUACUUCAGUUUAAUUUUACAGGAUAUUUCUUAGUACGGUGCAGUUGAUAUACCAAUAAUACCUCAUCUGUAAAUAUGAAAGGUGUAACAACAGAAAUCACACAAACACACAUUCCAUUUGUAGGUAUUUGUAGAUAUUUUUUCCUUCAGAGCUACUUCACUAUUUUAACUGCCUUGGACAGCACCAACUGUAUCCACCGUCACUCAACAAGUAAAUUACUGUUUUGAUCUGUGAUUUUUUUUUUUAACCAUUUUAAGCUCCAUGUAUAAAUUACACAAAGCACAGUGGUGUGUAUAAAACCUUAAUUCUGACUCAGAUUCUUUGUUUUGUGAAGUAAAGUUUUAUCUU